CUGACGAGAACGGCAGAGCUUGGGACAGGUGCACCUAAGCGCGAUCCGCCCCACAGCGAGUUCUAGCUCCGUGGAAACGCGAUUCUUCCCCGGGGCCUGUACUCUGUUUUUGCCCACGGAUUGCGCGCGACACAUACAGCGCAAAAAAAGAGAAAGAGACAGCGCCCUCGUGGCCAAAGCACGCGAAUCGAUGCCGCUAUAAAGCACUCCGGCCGUGUCCGCCCUGGCAGGCCCACCCCUCUACGUCCGGAGCCCCCUCUUCGGCCUGUGCACCGCCCUGCCCCUUUGACCUCAACCAUUGUCCGACACCGUCCACACUCGGGACAGGCUCCAUGGCCACACUCGCAUACACGCCUUCUCUCACGACGAGCAGCAUCGACGACGACUCACGAGACAUGCCGCGCUUCGCGUUCGCGCAGAUACACGGCGACGUCCACCUCGUCCAGCUCGCAGAUAGCCCCGCGUCCGCGCUCGUCGCCGCGGACGUCAAGGUCUUCCGGCACGAGUUCAUCACCAUCUUCCGCUACUCCCACAGCACGUCCGUGCACCCCGCGGACAUACACGUCCUCUACGCGCUCGACCAGCGCUGCGCACUAUACGAGGAGGACAAGGGCACCGUGUUCCUCGCCAAGGACGCCAUGGCCCAGAUGCAGAAGCUCACGGCGCUAUCCAGGCCGGCGGGGCGCUAUGGCCCAUAUGCUCGGCCGCCGCGGAGGGGCAGGUUCGCAUAGAUUGCGAGGAGAGGGCAGAGGGGAGAGGAGUCUUGUUUUCGCUUCCGCUGGGGGGUCAUCUGGUGGCAUCCGGAUGCUAGAUAUCCCAUCGUGCUAAGUUAUCGUAUACCCUAAUGACGCCGCAACUGUACACUUACCACAAUCCACCUUCGUCUCACGUUCUGCACCGAGCGAAACAUAAGCCUGUGAGCGACCGGAAUGACGACACACUUGCAAGCCACGUACCAGGUCCCUCUACCACCGCCCGUCUACAUCCCUGGCCGUGCCGACAUUUCCCCCGUUUUCGUGCGAGCCUGUGCAAGUACACUACUGCACUCCCGACCAAACCAGUCCGCGCCGACUUUUGUCUGCAUCGUUGCACUCCGACGUCCGUGACGCGAAAAGUGUGUGCCUUCAAAAGCAAGCCGGACGAGCGUCGUACUUCAGCACCGAACAGACACGUCUCCGAGGGUUUGCACAGGCGAUCUCGCGGGCGUCGGCCCCUCGCACGCGACCGUCACCAGGGAGAUACAGCACAACGAGCUACUUGACAUCAGCACCAUGCCACCUCGGCACUGCAAAGUUGCUGCUCACCGACGUCAUGAACCCGCUCCUAUGUCGUCAGUACCUCGAGGCCUCAGGCUCGCUGUGCGCCAUCCACUCAUAUCACAUCCUUGUCUGCGCAUGUCGUUCAUCCUGUUCCUGCUGCGGAGGAGCCACUACCGCGCACGGAUCAUUGUUGGGCGCGACGGCUGCUGCCAGCUGUUCAGAGAUGCAUCUGGGUGGUGUUGUCGUACGGGACUCGCCGGAUCGACGCUGUCGGGGCGUGGACAGCUUUGAUGAUAAUCCCGUGGGCAGCGGAGAGGGUGUCGGAAGUGAAGAGGGCGUUGUCAUCACGGAGGGCAGCAUGGCUUUCAUGAUGCUUCAGAGGCGGGACACGCGAUAUUGCGGGCUAGGGGCGAAUGAGCAGACAUGCAACGUUGAUGAUGCCAAAGUCAGCAGCUGUCUUGGCAGCAUACAUUGGCACAGUAACCUACACAUGGCACCGCAAAGUCCGGCAACGGAUGGAUAUCCUACAGCUGGGCGCGGCCGUCGGCGGAUUUCCAGCGAAGCGGCAUGGCCAAGGCUGUAGACCGCACGAGUAUGGUAGUUCGAAGUACUGGAGCAGAUACGGAGCCAAGGCACAGAGUAGUCGUAUUGAGGUAUAUAUCCGGCGCGGUGACAAUAUUUGUCUAGUC